AUGAGAUCAAGUCAAUUCACCGAUCUAUUUGACCUUUAUUUAGAGAGGGAUGGUUGUUUGACCGAAUCCGAUUGUCGUGGAUUCGAAAUGGAACAUAUCUAUAUCAAAAGAAACUUACCCUAUGGAGGUUUCUAUACACAUCACGGAGUUAGACUCUUUUACGAAGACAAUUUCUUUACCAUCAUACACUUUAAUGGAAUGUCGGAUGACAUGAGUUUGCAAAGCAAGGUAGGUGCUACCGUCUUGAUGGUUGGUGCAAACUAUGAAUUUUCAAAGCCAUCCCCCGUUGAAGAGAUUCAGGUCAGAGGUAAUCGUGUAUCAUCUGCAGACAGUAUGAAUAGAUUGAUUAAAACCUACAAGGAAAGGGAACAAAUCAUUUAUCAUUUACUUUGUAGAAAUUGUGAACAUCUUGCCUCUUUUAUUGUAGAUGGUAGAUGGGAGAGUAAUCAAGCAGAUGAAAAGUUUAAAUUGAUUCUAAAGAUUCUUGGUCACACCAUAGCAGAUAAUAAGGGACUCAUUUUGGGAGUACUUGGUGCUAUUGCUGCAACCUUUGUAGCUUACCAGACGAUUACUGGUGCUGUUGGAGGUAAAAAGGAGGAAGAAGAGGAAAAAAAGAAAUCUAUUAAAUCAACUGCAUAG